AUGAAGGAGGCCGACCAUUCAUGCUUUGCUGCGGUUUUCGACGCCGACAUCGCUGCUAUCCCAUUAAGAACGAUGACCUCAAUCCGGCACAUCGACCCGCAGACCGGUAAAGGGUAUCACCGCGACGAGGCCGCCCGCGUGCUAAACUCGAAGCGGAGCAAGGGAGCAGACGGUAGCCGCGGGUCGAAGCCUGCGCAACAGAGCGUGGUCGACCAGCUGAAGACGAAGGCGGGGUGGAAGGUGGUAAGGACGUCGCACAGCAAGGGAGGCGGAAGCGGGGGAGUAGAGGGUGGCCCUGCCGACGGGGUUGCCGCUAACGUAGCUGCUCCGACUGGCCCGCCUUUGGUCGCCGAGCAGACCCAUCCUCAGGCGAGCGGUGGGAAAGGCGUGACCGACAAGGAGGUGCCAACUGCUCAGGCGGCGAAUGAUGGCGACUCCGGAACCACCAAGGGACCGUCCGUCGCGGCGGCGGCCAAGCCUGCUUCUGCUACGGUUGCCGGCACCACCAAGUCGAGUCCCCGUAACCCCCUUGCGGCUACCAGCGCGCCUGCCGGCCAGUCAGGUGCGAACAAAGAUGGGGAGGCUGCUCCAGCUCCAGCAGCCCCGGCUGCCGCCAAGGGCGUCGCGAAGGCUGCUUCGGCUAAGGGUGAUGCCGUGGCAUCAGCUAAGGCCCCCCCCGGUGGUACCGCGCUCAGGGAGAUGCUCCGCCGCAUGGAGGCACACAGCAGGGACGUGCAGCAACAUCCCGUGGUCGACGCCGGCCUUCCUGGAACAGCACGUCGCUCCGUCACUACGCAGGUUGCCGGCAAGUCGUCCGGUGCCCCACCUGCCGCGCCUCCGGUGGCCGCCCCACCGCCUGCGGACCCCAAGUCCGCUUUUCUUCGCGCCCAUUUAGGCGCACGCAAAGCGGCUGCUCCGUCAGUGACCCAGCCGGAACUCGGCAAAAGCGCGACGCCGACGUCGGUAAACGCGACCGCACCCACACCAGGUGCAUCUGUGGUCGAUGUGGCGGCGGAGAAGGGAGUGAGUGCAGCGCUCGCCACCGGCAGCCGCGCAGACAAGCAUUCCGACCUCGCUGUCGUCAUGGCCCAUUUUGAGGCAGCAAAUCGCCCCGAGCACGCCCCUGUUAUGGCCAUCAUGGACACGGCGCAUGUGGUGCCGUCGGCGACCCACGGAGGGGGUUCGGCGGAGCAGACGGCCGCAACGGCUGCUGUCGCCGAGAGAAAUGCUGGACGGAAGGAAAAGGACGACAACGGGAAAGGGAAGGCGGUCUCUCAGAGGAGCACGCGGGCGAUGUCUGCGGGGAAGUUGAUGUCGGAAGAGAAAGGGAAGAAGGCGGAAGGGGAGCAGGACAAGACGGGCGGCAAGGGUAAGCCGGCGAAGAAGAAGGAGAAGGCGGAGGAGGAGGACGAGGAGGGCGGCGAGGGAGAUAAAGAGCAUGGACGCAGGGGUCAUGGCAUCCGCCGAGACAAGGCUGGCGACGGGCAAGGGUGGGUGGGCGAGAUUAAGGUAAACGGACAGAAUCGGUAUAUCGGCAAGUCGAGGGAGAAGAUGGAGCUGGCCUACGAGCACGCGAUUGCGUUCGUCGUCUACGACGGCUACGUGAGCAAGGUGCUCAUGAAGGAGCUCACCGUCUUGAAGCCGGGGGAGUUGGAUAAAUGGAAGGAGGUGUGGGCGCAUGUCAAGUUCUUGCCGACUGGGAUGUGGACGGUGAUGUGGGCCAGAGGCUUGUGCCAUCCGAGAGCACGGUUCGACGACAUACUCGGCAGGUACCGUGGGUACGCGAGUUCGGGUGAUGCGCUUCAUGACGUGCUCUGGCCGGCGAUCUGGUUCCCCAUCAUCGAGGACACGGAGGAAGGCAAGGAAGAGACGGACGCUCUCAUGUCGGCGAUGGUAAAUCGCGUGUCGAUGUGCGCGGCGUAUGGGAAGGUCGCAGCGAGCGCGGCGUUUGGGAAGGUCGAUGCGAGCGUGGAGGGGAAGGCGGACGAGAAGACGGAGAUGGGGGCCCAGGCGUUAGCGGCAUCGGCAUGCGCCAUCUGGUGCUUCUUGGAGACGGGGGCGUCGGUGCUCGGUGCUGUGGGCGAAGGGAAGGCGGCGGCGAUGGUGGCAGGUGCGGGGGAGGCGAGGGCCGAGGACUUCAAGGAGGUGAUGCACGCGGUGAUCGACAUAGCACGCAGUAGGCAGGCUCCCGCGGGGGAGGUUGCACAUAACGUCGCGCCAUCGCUGCAGAGCCAGGCAGUGGCCAGGGCCUUCGCGAAGGGAGUUGAGGAAGUCGAGGCCGACAUGAUCGCAAGAGCGAUGGUCGAGACCUUGGCGUUCUGGGGAAUGUGCCCCGUCGCCGGGCCCAAGCUCAAAGCGCAGGGCAUCGAUGUGCCGUGUGACGCGAGGAUGGAGUACGAUAUGGAUCACAGGGGGAGGAAGGGGGAGAAGGUUAAGCAGAGCAAGGGCAGCAGCAAGAGGAAGAAGGGCAAGCAGGGCAAGGGCAGUACGGAUGCGUAG